AUGGCGACGAACGGGCCGAAUCUGGAGUGCCGGAUGUACGAGGCGCGGUACCCGGAGGUCGACCAGGCGGUGAUGAUCCAGGUCAAGAGCAUGGCCGACAGCGGCGCCUACGUCUCGCUCCUCGAGUACAACAACAUCGAGGGCAUGAUUCUCUUCUCCGAGCUCUCCCGCCGCCGCAUUCGGAGCAUCAGCAGCCUCAUCAAGGUCGGCCGCAUCGAGCCCGUCAUGGUGCUCCGCGUCGACAAGGAGAAGGGCUAUAUCGAUCUCAGCAAGCGCCGCGUCUCCGAGGAGGACAUCCAGGGCUGCGAGGAGAGGGCUUCAUCGCGUUUCCUCUGCCAUGGAAGAAAUGAGAUCCUCCCACGAUUGGGAUCUCCUACUCGAGACGUGUUUGGCUUCUGUUCGGAGGGCCCAGGCGGGGCCAACAUUAGUGUUCCCAAACUGGAGCUCCCCCAAGCUGCCUGA